CGGGGGCGGGUGGAGAGCGGAAGUCGCCGAAUUACGAAGAGCAUGUGGACAUGCAUGGUUUCGUGACCUCCGAAACCCUGCUGGAAAACGCGCUAGCCACCGGUCAGAUGAUCAAGGUCUCCAACAUGCGCCGAUACCUGCGGCGCUACAAGACGGGUGCUGACGUGGCGCUGCUGUACCGCAGCGAGGGGCGGCAGCCGGCCAGUGUGAUGGUGCUGCCGCUGGUGGCGCCGGAUGCGGCCAGGAUUGGGGGGCUGUACGCGAUCAGCAGGACCGCCACCGACUUUGGCAUGGUUCGUCGCGAGGUGAUGGACCUGGUGAAGCUGAUGGUGCCCACGCUGCAGCAGAAGCUGCACUCGGAGCUGAACAGGAAGCUGAUUGAAGUCAGCGGGAACUGCAAGUUCGAAUCCCUCACUGGCGCCACCCCCACUGCCGGCACCCCUGCCGCUGGGGCAGCAUCAGCAGCGGGAGGAGGAGCAGGAGGCGGCGGGAGGGCGGGCGGCGCAUGCAGCGCCCACCCAGGCCUCCCUGCCCCCGGGGGUCAGGGGCAGCAGCAGGCGGCCACCUGCGACAGCGCCUCCCUGGAGAGCAGUCGGGACCUGGUGCUGGGCAGCAGGCCGGAGAAGGACGCGCUGAUUGCGGAGCUGCAGGAGCAGAUACGCAGGCAGCUGGCCAAGGUGUACAAGGGACACCCCGAGCCGGGUCCCAACAACAUGCUGGAGGACCUCGAGGUGUACGACGAACUGGGCAGGGGCGGGUACGGCACCGUGUAUCGAGCGCUCUACAAGGGCCAGCUGGCUGCUGUCAAGGUGGUGUGCGACCGCGACUGCGACAACGGCUCGCUCAACGGUGCGCUGGAGCUGGCGCUGCUGACCAGCAUCUCUCACCCAAACAUCAUCCAGAUCCACACCUACUAUGCGGAUGUGCCGCUCAACUGCAUCAAGUUUGUGAGGGGACACAACAACCCCAGCAGACACCAGUACCCGCCGCACCCGGGGGGCCCCCACAACAUCAACAACAACAACAACAACCACCCGGCAGCAGGGGGGCCAGCAGCGGGUGCAGG